UCAGACUCGCCAACGAACAACAGGUGAAACCGUAGCAGUUAAAAUUCGAUCUUCUUGUAAAGAGUUAUAAAAUAUUCGCAACGGCUUGAAAAAAAAAAGAUUCAUUCAAUUCCGAAAUAUUGAAGCUGAAUCAAGUAAGUCGUCGCUCCACCGCGCCGCGCCGCCGCAGCUGCCACCUUCACCGCCGUACACCCGCCUCCAUUCCGUCCCGUAUAUAGUUCGUAACCACAAUUAUUACACUGUCGUUUUUCUUGUUGUUGCUGUUGCUGUUUCUAUAGUGCUGUUGUCGAUGCGCUAAAAAAAAGUUUAAACAAAAUAAAAACAAUGUAUCAUAUAGCAGGUUUGCUGUUUACGUUUUGCCUUGCGCUAGUCAGUAUCGCUCCGGGAAACGGUCAAGGAUACUACUCAAUAAUUGCUCCAAAUACUAUCCGUCCAAAUUCACAAUACCAUGUUGCUGUUACAAUCCACAAAAGCAACGAACCAGCUACCAUUAAAGUUGGUAUCCUCAGCUCUAAAUUUACAGACUUCAAAACUGUUGAAGUGCGACCAUAUUCAUCAGAGUUAGUUCACUUUGAGAUUCCAGAUCUCAAGCCUGAUCGGUAUAGUUUGACAGUUGAGGGCCUUGUUGGCAUCACUUUUACCAAUGAAACCAAGCUGAUCUUUGAAUCCCGACAAUUUACAGUACUAAUUCAGACCGAUAAGGCCAUCUACAAGCCUGGCGAUGUUGUUCAUUUUAGAGUUUUGCUUCUGGACUCAAAUCUAAAGCCAGCUAGAAAUUAUGGAACAGUUAAUCUUGAAAUAAGAGGUGCAAGUGAAAACCUUAUAAGAACUUCAAAAAAUGUCCGUUUCACCAGUUCUGUGUUCACCGAUGAACUUCAACUAUCCACAUUUCCAGUUUUGGGCGAAUGGUCAAUAAAUGUCGAAGUGCAUGGAGAUCAUUAUAAGCAAACUUUCGAAAUAGCCGAAUACAUUUUGCCCAAAUUCGAAGUUGCUAUCGAUACUGCCAAGCAUGCAAUCUACAAAGAUGGCAAAAUCACCGCUACAGUGCGUUCAAGAUACGCCUUUGGAAAACCCAUAAAAGGUGAAGCAACAAUCUCAGUGUAUCCGAAAUUCUUCGGAUCACUUCAACCAUUUGUGUUCGAUUUAAUCACACGCAAAGUAGUUCCAAUCGAUGGAAAAGCUUAUGUUGAAUUUGACAUCAAAGAAGAGUUGAAAUUCAAAGAAGACUUUGAACGUGAUAUUCUCUUGGAAGCAGUGGUGGAAGAGGAGACUUCAGGGGCUAAACAAAAUACAACAACAGUUGUUAAUUUGUUCCGAGAUCGAUAUAGUAUCGAAACAAUCCGAAUUCCAAAGUAUUACAUUCCUGGUGUGGCGUUCGAGGUGAUUGUGAAGAUUGUACGAAACGAUGGAAGUCCGUUGAAGGAUUUCAGUACUGAUAUUUCAGCAUUUUUGACGAAUUCAUAUGGCGGAAGUGAAAUGUACAAUAAGACAGGUUAUACUCUGGAUGGAAAUGGAGUUGUCAAGUUGAAAUUCACAGUUCCUGAGGAGGAUAAAGAUGCUUACCAUUCAGUUAUCGUGAAUUAUAUGGAUGUUUCUAUUGAUGCUGGAAAAAUACCAAGGAAAUACUUGAAUAGCAAAAACUUCAUUUUAGCUCAAAUUAUAACUGAUCGGCCAAUGGUUAAUCAAGAAGUCAAUGUGGUCGUGAAAACCAAUCAACCAAUGCAGUAUUUUGUAUACCAAAUUGUUGGAAGGGGCGAUAUACUGAUGUCGCGUUCAGUUGAUGUCCCCAAUACCAAAUUCCAUGCAUUUAAAUUCCUUGCAACAUUUCCCAUGGUUCCCAAAGCCAAACUCCUAGUCUACAUGGUUGUAGAUAGUGAAUUGAUAUACGAUGAGCAAGUCAUUGAAUUCGGUCAGGAUUUGGUGAAUUUUGUAAAAAUCGAAGCACCUGUUCGUGCACCACCAGGACAAGACAUCGACAUCACCAUAACCACAAAACCUCAUUCCUACAUUGGUUUGAUGGCUGUUGAUCAAAAUGCUCUUAACAUUCGAAUGGGUAACGACUUAAGCAGUGGAGGAGUUAUGUCAGCAUUGGAUAAAUAUAACUUGGCUGAUACAAAAUCACCGAUUGGAACACCUGGAAGGCAAUCAGGAGUCAUUACCAUGACAAAUACACAAUAUGUUGUUGGAUACGAUCCUCAAACAACAACCUCCCCUUCGGUCACCAUGAACGAUGAUGACAAGGAAUCUAACGUUAAAAAGACUGAUAUUGGUCCAGCACAUAAAUUCGAAGUCAAUACUAGACCUCCAUUGGCUGGACCGUAUGCCUUUAGCAGAAUCCCAAAACCCUUCUGGAGUCGACCAAGGGUUCAUGUCAUGCAAGACGUAGCUGAUACUUGGAUUUUCAUGAAUAUUUCAUCAGGAAAUGAAGGUCGAACAACAAUUCACAAACGACUUCCUAGCCAAAUGCGUUCAUGGGUUCUGACUGGAUUCUCUCUGGACCCAGUUACCGGUCUGGGGCUAUCAAACCCCAUGAGCAACCUUCAGUCGUUUAGAGACUUUUACAUCUCCACAGAUCUGCCAUAUUCCGUGAGAAAGGGUGAAGUUCUUGCAGUUCCCUUCACUGUCUUCAAUAACAUGGACAGGAAUCUGGAUGUUGAAGUGACUCUCUACAAUACAGCUCAGGAAUUUGAUUUCCCACACUUGGAGAACAAAGUAGAACCUGCUCCCAAAAUCGAGCUCUACAAUCGCAGAGUCAUCAAAGUCCCAGCCCGAUCGGAUCAAUCAUUGUCCUUCCUAAUUCGACCAAAGAAAGUCGGACAUGUGACUAUCAAGGCCGUGGCAAAUGCCCAACUAGCUGGAGACACAGUGGAGAAAUCACUCCUAGUCGAACCAGCUGGAGCCAUGGAGCGCAUCAAUCGUGGCUUCCUUUUAGAUUUAACUGCCAAACCUCAAAUAAUGGAGAACAUAACCAUCGACAUUCCUAAAAAUGCAAUCCCUGAAUCAGCUAUGAUCGAAGUAUCUGUUGUUGGUGAUCUUGUUGGAAGUGCUAUCAAAAAUGUCGAGAAUCUUAUCCAACUGCCAGUUGGUUGUGGUGAACAAACUAUGGUUAACUUUGUUCCCAACAUCAUGGUCCUAAGGUAUUUACAGAGAAUUCGUAAACUCUCGCCAGCAAUCGAGAAUAAGGCUAAAAAAUUCUUAGAAGUCGGCUACCAACGAGAACUCUACUAUCGCCAUAAAAAUGGAGCUUUUAGUUCUUUUGGAGUGAAGGAGAAAGACGGUAGCACUUGGCUGACCGCCUAUGUGGCCAAAUCAUUCCGACAAGCUAGUGUCUAUACACAAAUUGAUGAAUCUGUCAUCAAGGGUGCUCUGGAGUAUUUGUCAAGAAUCCAAAGGGAGGAUGGAAGUUUCAACGAGUUGGGUGAUGUUUUUGAAAAGCUGGACGAUGAGAAUGUCAGUCUGACAGCAUUCACAGUGUUGGCUUUUAUGGAGAAUUCGGAAUCCUAUCCUGAGUAUAAGAAUCACAUUGCUCGUGGUUUGGAUUACAUAGCCCGUGGUCUAGAUUCCACUAAGGAUGCUCAUUCACUGGCAAUUGGAGCCUAUGUCCUCGCCAUAGCCAAACAUGGAGCAAAGGGUGCAUUUAUUCAGCUUCUUGAUAGCAUGUCGAAUGUUGAAGACGGCAAGAAAUGGUGGAAUAAGACAACUCCCGAGGGUGACAAGAAAUCCCCAUGGUACAAUCGAACACGAUCCGUCAACAUUGAGAUCACUUCCUAUGCGGCGAUGGCUCUGCUCGAGAGUAACCUCAUUGCCGAUGCUUUGCCAAUUCUCAAAUGGUUGGUCGAUCAAAGGAAUAUGUUUGGAGGAUUUGCCUCAUCCAUAGACACCGUUGUUGGUCUCGAGACUCUGAUCAAAUUCUCAGAGAGAACAUCGAAUCAAGGAACAAAUGUUCAGGUGGUUUUCAACUACGGUCAAGGAGCUGAGACAAUGUUAAAUGUGAAUGCAGAGAAUGCAAUUGUCCUCCAAUCCUAUCAACUUCCAGCAACUGUCAGGAACUUAACCAUCUCGGCGACAGGUCGUGGAGCAGCACUGGCCCAAGUCUCAUAUAGAUACAACACAAACGUCACUGGAGCAUGGCCAAGGUUUAUUCUAGAUCCACAAGUUAAUCGAAUAUCACAUGCGGAUUAUCUGCAUCUGUCUAUUUGUACAAGUUUCAUACCCGUUGAAGGAGGCGCUGAACGAUCAAAUAUGGCAGUAAUGGAAGUGAGUCUUCCAAGUGGAUUCACAGUCGAUUUAGAUACUUUGCCUUCACUAGAAGCUAAUGAAAGGAUAAAGAAAGUUGAAACUAAAAACCGGGACACGGUUGUGAUUGUGUACUUUGACUAUUUGGACCACAGGGAAAUUUGUCCAACUCUGGACGCUUACAAGACUUACAAAGUCACGAAGCAUUUACCAGCUCCUGUUGUGAUUUAUGAUUACUAUGACAAUGCUCGAAAGGCUCGAAUGUUCUACCGAGCGCCAAAGUCAACCCUCUGUGACAUAUGCGAUGGCAGCAAUUGCGAUAAUUUCUGUGAGAAAGCCGAGCAAAGGCAAUCCCGUCGCCUAGAUGACGCUGACGACGCCAGCAAGAAAGACGGAUCAAAUGGCGCCCAACAGUGGCUGCCUCAAUCUUUGUACAGUAUUGUGAUCGCUUUAAUCCUCUCAAGGAUUCUACUGUAGAUUCAAAUUAUCUAUUCUAAUUUUAUAAAUAAUUAACAAACCUUCAUUCUAUUUUGUUUAAAACUAAAAACCAACGAAAAACACAUCAACAAAACAUCAACAAGCUUUAACCAAUAAUAAUUAUAACUGUAAUCGUGA